CUUAUUGCAGUUCUUUGCUAGAAGACAAACACAUGUACUGUAACGUUAGCUUCUAGCUAAUGGAGCCAGGUUUAAGUGGCCAGAUAUUUUGUAAUGGUGGUCAGUGGUAGUUAGUUAGGCAAUAGUAUUACGGAGUGUUUGUUUAAUAAAUCAAAGGAUGGCACAUUUAACUAAAAACCCUGCCAACAAAGAAAGGUUUAUGUGUUUAUAUCCCGCAUACCUCAACAGUAAGAAGACACUAGCCGAAGGAAGAAGAAUACCCAUUGAAAAGGCAGUGGAAAACCCCACAUGUGCUGAAAUCCGAGACGUUCUGGCGGCAGCAGGAGUGAAUGUUGAAGUCGAGAACAAGAUGUACCCUAGAGAGUGGAACAGGGAUGUGCAGUUCAGAGACCGAGUCCGUGUGCAGCUGAAGAAGGAGGAUGGAAGCCUGUGUAAUGAGAAGUUCUCAUCACGUAAAGAUGUGAUGUUCUACGUGGCCGAGAUGAUCCCCAAACUUAAGACAAGGACACAAAAGAGUGGGGGCGGGGACACCAACGCACAGCAAGGAGAGGGGGGCAAGAAGGGCAAGAAGAAGAAGAAGUAGUUCUGCCAUUCAUCUCGUUUCCACAUCUUCUCAUGCUUUUUUUUUUUUUUUACAUUGGUCACAAGCUCAAGUCAGUUUUUAUGUUGAAGCCCCAUGUUGGCGGUUGCAUGGUGGACUUGAACAUUUGAUUUUGUUAGGAAGCAUGGAUGGACGGAGGCAGCAGGGGACAGCGGUGUCCCAGAGUAGUUUGUGUCAGUGCCUGCAGGAUUUUUUUUUUUUUUAAUGUAAUUUUUUUUUCCAAAAGAGAUGAAGAAAUACACGUGUUAUGUGAGAGGAAUCUGCCCGUGUCAGCAGUUUGUCAGUCUGAUGACUACAUGUGAAUUUGUAAGCAAACCAAAAUCUGUUAUGUAGAUUUUGCUAUUUUUUAUCCAUUUUUAUCCCUUUUCCCCAAAGAGAUUGUUCAUUCAGAAUUUUCUUCAUCCUGAUACCCUCUGAUUUCCUUCUGAAAUGUGCUAUAUGAGUACAUGUUUGGGAAUAGCUGUGUCUCAAAAAUCAUUGAUAGAUCCAUUUGACCUGUUUGUUGACAAGUUUCAAGUUAAGUAUCAUAGGACAUUCAGCAAAUGUGCACGGAAUAUAAAUGCGAUUACCAAAUGUGCACAGAAUAUAAAUAAUAGUAUAAAUGAAUCAUGUCUUGCCUAUCUGACUUUGUGUGAUUUCAUCACACUUGUAAUUUCAUCGCAUUUAGUAUAGAGAUAAUAUUUUGAGUUGAGAUUGCUGGAAAUUUUGCUUAAGUUUUGAGCUAAGCCAUAGAGCCCACCUGCCUUCCAAAAAAAAAAAAAUAAAGCAAGUGUUUACCAGAGCAAGAAAAUAAAAUUCAGAUGGUGCAUGUCUGUCAAAUUUCAAUAUUUAAACCACCCAGAGGAUUAUGUGCACAUUGUGAAUUGACUAAUUUUGGGGAAUCCAGGUCAUGUUCACAUGCCACAUUUGCAUAAAGGGAACAUUAAGUAGUCUCUCUUCUUCAAGAUAAGAGGCUAAGGAUCCAGGCAGUUCACACCCUAGAUUAUCUCCAACAAAGUUUCCUUUAAUUUGUCAGACCUAUAGUCACACUGAAGAUUAUUUCCCCGAUUUUAUGAUUUGUAAGUUUUAUUCAUGCUUACAGCUUCAAAGUCAAUUGUGUCAGAGGAGUUAAAAAUAGGAAACUUUCCACUGUAAAGGUUCUAAAAGUUUUUUUUUCCAUCUGAGCUUCUUCGUGAUUGUCAGGUUAAUAAACUUUGUUUGAAAGGAUAUUGUAGACCUAAAGUCUUGCAAGAAACAAAAUGAAAGAUAUCUUCUCCA